GGAUGGUGAGACUAGACUAGAUGUUAUUAUGCAUAGGAUAUACAGUAUUUUUGUCAGCCUAAAGUCAUGAUUAAAUCAAUUUGAAUUAAAAUAAAGAUGGUUAGAUACUUCUCUGAUUGUCAUCGACAGUUACUGUUUUCUUGACAACAACGCCUCCUGGUGUCUUUAAAGGGAAUCAAAUCGGCCAACACUACCACAUCAGUUUGAAGAUGGCGGAGGGUGAACUGAACGUGGACAGCCUCAUCUCUCGGCUCCUGGAAGUACGGGGAUGUCGCCCAGGGAAGAUAGUCCAGAUGACAGAGGCAGAGGUGCGAGGUCUCUGCAUCAAAUCCAGGGAGAUCUUCCUCAGCCAGCCCAUCCUUCUGGAGCUUGAGGCACCCCUGAAGAUCUGUGGUGAUAUCCAUGGGCAAUACACAGAUCUACUGAGGCUGUUUGAGUAUGGUGGUUUCCCUCCAGAGGCAAACUACCUGUUCCUGGGCGACUACGUGGACAGAGGGAAACAGUCCCUGGAAACCAUCUGCCUUCUGUUGGCCUACAAGAUUAAAUACCCAGAGAACUUUUUCCUGCUCAGGGGCAACCAUGAGUGUGCUUCCAUCAACCGCAUCUACGGCUUCUACGAUGAGUGCAAGCGCAGGUUCAACAUUAAGUUGUGGAAGACCUUCACCGACUGUUUUAACUGCCUCCCCAUAGCUGCUAUCAUUGAUGAGAAGAUCUUCUGCUGCCAUGGAGGGUUAUCGCCUGAUUUGCAGUCAAUGGAGCAGAUUCGCAGGAUCAUGAGACCAACAGACGUGCCUGAUACAGGCCUGCUGUGUGACCUGUUGUGGUCAGACCCAGAUAAGGAUGUACAAGGUUGGGGAGAGAAUGACCGCGGGGUCUCCUUCACUUUCGGAGCAGACGUGGUCAGCAAGUUCUUAAACCGCCACGACCUGGACCUCAUCUGCAGAGCCCACCAGGUUGUGGAGGAUGGAUAUGAGUUUUUUGCCAAACGCCAACUGGUCACACUUUUCUCUGCUCCAAACUACUGCGGGGAGUUUGACAAUGCAGGCGGCAUGAUGAGUGUUGAUGAAUCCCUCAUGUGCUCCUUCCAGAUCCUAAAGCCCUCAGAGAAGAAAGCCAAGUAUCAGUAUGGUGGUGUAAAUUCUGGUCGGCCGGUCACCCCACCCCGCACCACCCAAGCC